CUUGUCAAGGGCGCCGGGCACGCGAGCGGAGGAAAGCACCCAGCGUGCGGCGAGUCCCCACCCACAGCCUUCGGGGUUCAGGGACAGGCGCCGUCCACUUCAACCGCGCCGAGCCCCCUCAGGGACCCCCAGCGCUCGGAGCCCAGGGCAACCGGAAGCUCCGCGGAGCCCCGCCCCCGCCGCCCGGAAGCGGAAGUGGCGUCACAAUCCGGCCGCGUCCCCCGUCCCGGGUUCGGGAAAUCUCCAAAGCUGCUGCGUUUUCGUUCCUCCUCGGGUUGGUUCCUUCUUGGAGUCGCUCGCGUGAAGGGGAGGCCCUGAGUGUGGAAGGAAGGCGACGAAGGACGCGGGUGGCUUCCUCAGGGAGGCCCGGGCCUUCCGGAGCCGCGAGUCCCCCCGGGGCGGCGGGGCCCGAGCGGCCGCUCCGCGCGUGGGUGCCCCGGACGGGCCCGGGCCGGAAGCGUCGCGACAGCGCGGCCUGGGGACGUUUCCGUCCUCUGAGGUCGGGCCUUGGGAAAUCUCCGGGGACCGCCCGUGCCCCGCGCUCCAGGAGGGAUCCGGGAUCCGGCGCGUUCCGUUAUUGUAGGAACCCAGUCUGCCUUCAUGAAGAAAAGAUAGAGGUAUCAAGGAUGUUGACUGACUGUUCGACUGAUUGUUACCAGGACUUGGUGACCUUUGAUGAUGUGGCUUUGGACUUCACCAAAGAUGAGUGGCUUUUAUUGAAUCAAACUCAGAGAAACCUCUACAAAGAUGUGAUGCUGGAGAACUACAAGAACCUGGCCUCAAUAGGAUGUCAGCUCAUCAAACCUAGUCUGAUCUCUUGGUUGGAACAAGAAGAGUAUUUGAGUACAGUGCCAAGAGGAGUUCUAGAAUGGGAAAUGCAACUCAAAACCAAAGGGUCAACACUUCAGCAGAAUUUUUUCAGGGGACAAACCUCUAAUGGGAAACACAUGAGAACAAGCAACCGUGUUGGUGAACUCUGUGAGUGUAGCCAGUGUGGAGAUGUUUGUAGUGAACACUCGUGUUUAAAGACACAGACGAGAACUCAGAAUACAGGGAAACGUCGUGAGUGUGAUCAGCAUGGAAAAGAUUUCCUUACUCUGCAUGCACAAGCCUCUGUUGGAGAGCAGCUUUCUGAAUUUGAGUGUGGAAAAACCCUCAGCAUGACUCCAAACAUUGUAAAUGAGAGAACACGCAUGGGAGAAAAACCUUUUGAGUGUGGUGACUAUGAGAAAGCCUUUGUUAAUCAGUCGUACCUCCAAGCUUUUAUGAGGACUUACAAUGGAGAAAAACUCUAUGAAUGGAACGAAUAUGGAAGCAGUUUUAUUUUCCCCACAAAUCUUCCUAUGCAUAUAGAAACUCUUAAUGCAAAAAAUCCCUACAAAUGUAAGGAAUGUGGAAAAGGUUUUAGAUAUCCUGCUUAUCUUAGUAAGCACAUCCGAACCCACACUGGAGAGAAACCCUAUAAAUGUACAGAAUGUGGAAAAGCUUUUGCUCAGUUUUGGGGUCUUUCUCAACAUGUACGAAUUCAUAGUGAAGAAAAGCCCUAUGAAUGCAAAGAAUGUGGGAAAGCCUUCAGUGUUUCUUCAUACCUAACUAAACAUUCAAGAAUUCAUACUGGAGAGAAACCCUUUGAAUGCAAGGAAUGUAGAAAGUGCUUUGGAAAUUCUUCAUACCUUAAGAAGCACAUUCAAGUUCACACUGGAAUAAAACCCUAUAAAUGUAAAGAAUGUGGAAAAGCCUUCACUCAGUCCUCAGGCCUUACCAAGCAUGUACGAAGUCACAGCGGAGAGAAGCCCUAUGAAUGCAAGGAAUGUGGGAAAGCCUUCACUACUUCCACUUGCCUGAUUGCACAUGUCAGGACUCACACUGGAGAGAGGCCUUUUGUUUGUAAGCAAUGUGGGAAGGCCUUCGCUAGGUCCUUUUGUCUCAUUGAACAUAUCAGAACUCACGCUGGAGAAAAACCCUAUAAAUGUGAAGAAUGUGGGAAAGCCUACACUGCAUCGUCAGACCUGACUAGGCACCUAAGGGUUCACACAGGAGAGAAUCCCUAUAAAUGCAAGGAGUGUGGGAAAGCCUUCGCUCACUACUCAAACCUUUCUGUGCAUCAAAGAACUCACACUGGAGAGAAGCCUUAUGAAUGUAAGAUAUGUGGGAAGGUAUUUACAUAUUCCUCAAGUCGUAACAGUCACAUACGAACUCACAAAGCCCAGUUCCUGACGGAAAAGGUCCUUAAAGGACAGCGUGGCCCGAGCCACCGAGGAGCCUCCCCGGAGGGGCCUGGCCCGCGGGCCCGCGCGUCCUGUCAGCCGCUGCCCGAGAGGCCGCUCGGCGCGGGGAGCCGGCUCGCGAGAGCCCUGAGGACGCGUCCGUGGGGCGCCUGCAGCCGCCGUGCUUCCCUCGGCACUGGCCUCCGGCGAACCUUCCCGCUUUUGUUUUUUUCCAGAAGGAAAAGAAUUUCCGCUGUGCGAAUCAUGUUGACUCCGGCCCCAGCGUCCUCCUACCUCACGGACCUGGCCGUUGCGGGGUGUUCCGGAGCCCUUCUUUCUAAGGACCAAAUAUGCCUUCCUGAAGAAAAUAUAAAGUCAGAAGGGGUGUUGGCUGACUGUCUGACAACUUGUUACCAGGACUUGGUGACCUUUGAUGAUGUGGUUUUGGACUUCACCCAAGAUGAGUGGAUUCUAUUGGAUCAAACUCAGAGAAACCUCUAUAGAGAUGUCAUGCUGGAGAACUACAAGAACUUGGCCUCAGUAGGAUGCCAGCUCAUCAAACCUGACUUGAUCUCUUGGUUGGAACAAGAAGAGGUUUUGAAGACAGUAGAUAGAGGAAUUCUCCAAGAAUGGGAAAUGGAAAUUAUCACCCAAGAGUCAAGACUUCAUCAGGACUUCUUGGGGAAACAAACCUCCAGUGAGCUAGAAAUGGGAAGAAGCCACUGCAGAAGGCAACUCUACAGCCAUAGGCAACGAGGAGAUAUCUUCAGUGAACACUCAUAUUUUAAAACAUAUAUGAGAACUCAAAAUACAAAAACGACCUGUGACUGUAGUGAGUAUAGAAAACACUUCCCAACUCUACAGAAGAAAACUUGUAGUGCACAGAAACUUUCUGUGUUGAAUCAGUGUGAAAGAGCUCUCAGCCUGAGUCUAAAUGUUGUUUAUCAGAGAACACGCAUGCUAGACCCAUCUUUUGAAGGCAAUAACUAUGGGAAAGUCUUCCUUAAUCAGUCAUACUUUCAGGGACACAUGGAAAAUCAGAAUGGAGAAAAAGUCUAUGAAUGCAAUCAGUGUGUGGGAGCUUCCACUCACUCCACAAGCAAUGCUGUGCCAGUUCAAAUGCCUCCCGUUAAAAAAUCCUAUGAAUGUAAGACUUGUGGGAAACUCUUUAGAAAUUCUUCAUGCCUUAAUAAUCACAUUCGAACCCACACUGGAGAGAAACCCUAUGAAUGUAAAGAAUGUGGAAAAGCCUUCACUACAUCUUCAAGUUUAACUGAACAUUUCAGAAUUCAUACUGGAGAGAAACCCUAUAAAUGUAAAGAAUGUGGAAAAGCCUUCACUAAACGCUCAGGCCUCACUACACAUGUACUAACACACACUGGAGAGAAGCCCUAUGAAUGUCGGGAAUGUGGGAAAGCCUUCACUUCAUCCUCAUGCCUUACUCUGCAUGUAAGGACUCACACUGGAGAGAGACCCUAUAUAUGUAAGGAGUGUGGGAAAGCCUUCCAUGCUUCCUCAUACCUACGUAAACAUGUAAGAAUUCACACAGGAGAGAAACCCUAUGAAUGUAAGGAGUGUGGGAAAGCCUACAAAAGGUGUUAUCUGCUAACUGAACAUUUGAAAACACACACAACAGAGAAGCCCUUUCAGUGUAAGCUGUGUGGAAAAUUCUUUAGAAGUUCUGCAUGCCGUAAUAAACACAUUCGAAUUCACACUGGAAUAAAACCCUAUAAAUGUCAGUACUGUGCAAAAGCCUUCACUGUUUCUUCAAGCCUAACUGAGCAUAUAAGAACUCACACGGGAGAGAGGCCCUAUGAGUGUAAAGAAUGUGGGAAAUCAUUCACUACAUCCUCGAGCCUUAUUGUACAUAAAAGAACUCACACUGGAGAAAAACCCUAUGAAUGUAAGGAAUGUGGGAAAUCAUAUAAAAGGUGUUAUCUGCUAACUGAACAUUUGAAAACUCACACAGGGGAGAAGCCAUUUCAGUGUAAAGUAUGUGGAAAAUACUUUCGAAGUUCUUUAUGCCUUAGUAAGCACAUUCGUGUUCACACUGGAGUAAAACCGUACAAAUGUAAAGACUGUGGGAAAGCUUUCACUGUUUCUUCAAGCUUGUCUCAGCAUGUAAGAACUCACACUGGAGAGAAGCCCUAUGAAUGUAAGGAAUGUGGGAAAUCCUUCACUACAUCCUCAAACCUUUAUCAUCAUGAAAGAAUUCACACAAGGGAGAAACCCUAUAAAUGUCAGGAAUGUGGGAAAGCCUACAAUAGAUUUUAUCUACUAACUGAACAUUUAAUAACUCAUGCAGAAGAGAAAGCCUUUGAAUGGAAGGAAUGCUAAAAAUCUUUUAGGAAUUCCUUCUGCCUUAAUGAAACUUGAAAUUGUUCUGGUAAGAAACCUUAGUGUAAAGAAUUGAGAUCUCACUUGUGCCAGUUCAAAGAUGAAAGAAGGCACUCUCUCAGGAUUUCCCAUGGAUUUAAGGAAAUGUUGGAGAACCACUGGAAUCUGAUCUCAGAUUCUAGAACUCACCCGAGAGCUAUACAGUGUAAGAAACACAAAAUCAUUCUGUUUUGGGGGACUUAUUACGUAUCUUAGGUCUUGCAAUGGUGAGAAAUACUGCUGAUGUAACAUAGGUGGAAAAGUUGUAGUUCUGUUAAAAACUUUGAUGUUUACUUGUAGUCACAGUGGAGAAAAAUUUUAUAAAGGCAAUAAAGGUUAGAAAGUCAUUAAUCUUCAUCCUUCAGUAAAUAUGAUUCACACAAGAGCAACUGAAUGUUUGGAAUAUAAGGAUGUGUCCUAAAAUCUUUUUAUGUUGCUAGAAAUAUCGCUUUCUAGGUGGUUUUGUGGGUUUAUUUUGAAUAUCUGUGAUGUGUCUCCUUUAGAGCAACACCACUCCAGUCAGUUGUUCCAACUUCAGUUUGCAAUCCUGCCAAAAUUGAGCUGUCAGGACUCAAACUUACUCCUACUGGAGAUUUGUGGUUGCUUUGUCAUUUUCUUAAAUGUUUCCCACCUAUGGUGGCUCACACAUUGUUAUUCUCAGUGUUGUUAAAAACCCUUAAGCCUCUGUGAAAGUAAUUGUGCAGGAGAGGGUGAGCCAAGAAAGGAUAGGUUAAUAGCUGGUAGCAUGAAACUGAUUUCAUGACCAUAAGCUGAACCAUGAUCCCAGAACCUGGCAAGAAUGGGAAUUACUGUAACAUCACACAGUGAAGGAAGGGAGUACAGGAAGGUAUCUGGCCUCUUGAUCCACCAUCCAGCUUGGUGGAGCAGUCAUCAUAUGCCUGAAUCAAGCAACAGCUGGGACUGGCAAUAAGACUUAGGUUUGUCUUUCCAUGAAGUAUAUGAACAUGGCUGGUCAUCAUGGUCCCUUGUGCUGGAAUCCAUCAUUGGAAGUUUCUGAAUGUUAUCCUUGGACAUAUACACAGUGAACAGCAGGACCAGGUUUUAAUCUAAGUGAGAACAAAUGUAUAUCCUUCUGACACUUAAGCAGUCUUAGAGUGUGUCAUCCAUGAUCAUUGAGGCUGCUGCCGCCUGAUGAGUAUUGGGCAUCAGUGCAUCCCAAGACCUCGGCACUGAAGAUGACUUUACCAAGUCACCAGCACCUCUGCUAUAGCAAGGCCCACGGAUUGGUGCUCCUUAGGCACAGAUUUCACAAAACAUUUUUGUGCCUGUUCCUUUGAUAUUUGGGGUUCUAUUAUGUGUCUAGUCUUGCUGUCACCUUAGCCCAUGAUCUGGGAAUGAUAUCAGCAAAACAGCUUUAUACCCAAUGCCUAUAGGAAAAACUAAUGGGAUAUUAUUAUCUGUAAUUACUAUGAAAUUGAUUUAUUUUAAAUUUGGUACCCCUAGGAGGCAACUGUUGCAUCUCAAUCAGCCUAUUAAUGCUGAAAGGCCCACUGUCUUCCCAAGGCCUUCUGCUAAUCCGUUAUGACUUUCCAGGUUGGUUUUUUUUUUUUUUUUUUUGACAGAGUGGACAGUGAGAGAGAGAGAGAAAGGUCUUCCUUUGCUGUUGGUUCACCCUCCAAUGGCCGCUGUGGCCGGUGCAUUGCGCUGAUCCAAAGGCAGGAGCCAGGUGCUUCUCCUGGUCUCCCAUGGGGUGCAGGGCCCAAGCACUUGGGCCAUCCUCCACUGCACUCAUGGGCCACAGCAGAGAGCUGGCCUGGAAGAGGGGCAACCGGGACAGAAUCUGGCGCCCUGACCAGGACUAAAACCCGGUGUGCCGGCGCCGCAGGCGGAGGAUUAGCCUAUUGAGCCGCAGCGCCGGCCCCAGGUUGAUCUUACUCCAUCCAUCCUUUUGGUUUCAGUGAAAACCAGUACACUACAUGUGUUUUGUUUUAUUUUAAGAUUGAUUUAUUUGAAAAGUUACACAGAGAAGGAGAGGUGGGGGUGGGGGUGCGUGUCUCAUCUGCUGCCUCACUCCCCAAUUGGCCGCAACGGCCGGAGCUGUGCCAAUCCGAAGCCAGGAGCCAGGAGGUUCUUCCAGGUCUUCCAUGUGGGUGCAGGGGCCUAAGGACUUGGACCAUCUUCUACUGCUUUCCCAGACUAGCAGAGAGCUGGAUAGGCAGUGGAGCAGCCGGCACACGAACCAGCACCCAUGUGGGAUUGCUGGCACUGCAGCUGGCAGCUUCACCCACUACACCACAGUGCUGGCCCUUAAAGCAUUAUUGUUGCCCUUUAUUGCCCUUCAGAUGUUUUCCAGAGCAAUGUCGUACAUAUAUAUCAGAAAACUUACAUUGCUUAUAGUUCUAACAAUAUUUUUUAUUUUUUAUGGUUUUUGGGUUUUUUUUUGUUGUUGUUUUGUUUUGUUUUGUUUUGUUUUGUUGACAGGUAGAGUUAUAGACAGUGAGAGACAGUUGUGUGCUAUUUAGGGCAGUGUGUGCCCUGCUGUUUGAAAAGCUCAGCUCUCAUCAUCUCAGAGUUCCUUAGUGUGAUGUCAAGCCAUCAGAGGACCAAUGAGUCACACCUUCUGUUUUCUCAAUAUUAGAAUAUGUUGCCAUCCUGUGAUUCUUGCUGGCUAAGGAGAGACUGUUUCUCUUAAGCCUAUGAGUAUUUCAGAUGCUAGCCAAGCAAUCCAAAGCACACAUCCCCAGUCACUUUCAUAAUCUAACAUACUAUGCCAGUAUCUCUUAUGCCCUAAACCAGCCCAGGGCAAGGCACUAAACAAACCGGGAAAUCCACUGUGUUCUUGAACCCAUCAGAAUUAUUCAAACUUGUGGGUUCUAAACUUUUUCUGACCUGUCUUGCUUUUCAGGUGGAAAUUCCAAUACAUGCAGUGGCCUAUGCUUACCUCUUGCUCAUACUUUUGCCUCCUAACCACUUCUGUUGUUACCUAUGCAGGCCAUAGUGUGCUGUGCUGUGUUCUAUCCUUUUCCAACUUUUUGUUACGUGGUUCAAACCUCUGUGUAGUCAGCCACCUUUAUGAAAUCACAUAUAGGCUAGAAUCAGCCAUUGCUUUGCUUCACAGAUUUUUAUUGCCUAUGUACACGUCCCACAACAAGGUAUUGCCUUCUUUUGAUAAGUUGUGAACUGCCUAUGAAAGCUGCCAUUUUGACUUGACGCCUGCAAUUUGAUUCUUACCCUUUCCCUCUGUACAUGUUGCAUGUUAUUAGGUAGUAAUAAUGUCUAAACUGGUUGUGAAAUGAUGGCUCACUCAGGUUCCAAUUGCCAUUUCCCUGAUGAUAUGAUAGGUUUUCACUUAUUUUGGCUUCUUGUCUUCCUUUUUUUUUUU